CUGUUCUUGGGUGGAGUUGGCUUUUCUGUACUUCCAUUGGAUUUCACGACCUUCAUUGACUUCAUUCGUGGAUUGCACAUCCCAACAGUGAUUCUGGAUGCGUUCAGAUUCGUGAUCGCAUUCCCGAUUGCCUUUCACACAUUGAACGGAAUCCGUUUCAUUGGAUUCGACAUGGCGAAAGGAACAGAUAUUGUAUCGGUCUAUAAGGGCGCUUAUCUUGUACUUGGACUGGCUGCACUUAUAGCACUCGCAGUUGUAAUUUACCCGCAUUUGCAGCACCAUGAGGAGGCCAAACAGUAA